UCUCAUUUUUCCGGACCCAUUCGACGCGGCCAGUUGUUGCCAAAACAUAAACAGAACGCCGUAACCAUGGACCACAAGAAACGUUUUCCGGGGCUAAUAGAGCACAACAAAUUCUCACCGUUGAAGAUACUGGACGUACGAUCGAUAAACGAGCACGAUCCCACAUCCAGCUACAACAGCCUGCAGCAGACGGAAGCAGCCGACCCGUCCAAUGAUGAUUCGUCGGGCAGCGAGAAGGAACUGGUGAUCGAUAUGGCAGAUGCGGAACUUGACCCACAGGACGAUGAGGAAUGCGUGAUGGGACAACAGCUCGAAACGGAAGUACCCGUACACGUCGUAAUCAAGCCACCAACAUCACCAUCACCACCGCCAGCACAAGCACCACCGCCAAGGGCCCGAAUCAAUCGGAGAAAAAGUCAACACGUACGGUUGGAGGAUGCGGACAUAACGAUUGAGGAACCGGCCGUAGCUGCGCCGACACCGGACGCAAAGGGCGACGAACUGCAGGCAGGUAUCGAAGCGAACCGGAGCAUUAUGCAGCACAUUGCUAUGAUGCGGACCGCGAUAAACUAUCUGCUGCAGCAGCACUACCAGCGGACGAUUCCGUUCCCGAACGAGGCGAGUGACUUUGAAACGAUGGACUCGUGGAUGGAGUGUUACGAGCAGAUUAAGUCCGACAGUAAGGCGAGCACAAGUAAAGAGAACGCGAAAAAGUGUUUCACGGCACGGAACACGAAUCCAGCUUCCUGGGCCUUUCUGCGCUAAUGCGUGCGUUAGCGAAUGCUACAAACGGUAGAUGUACGGCGGACUGGUAACUAGGGCCAUAUGCCGGAAGUCUUCAAGUCACUAAAGAGCAAAUGUUUGGAGGUGGUAGGCAGGCAGAGUCAGGUCAAGGGUUGUAGGGCUAUAUGCAGUGUUUCUCAGGUCAUAAAACACGUGGCUCCAUGCUGACAGACCCAAAUGUUUCGUGACCUUAGACUCACUGUUACAAGAAGGAAACGGGCGCGUUGUUAAGAAUUUUACCAUAGCGUAUUAUACUGUAAAGUGAUAUAAGCUUGCGGCAGCAUUAACCAUUAAUAAACGUGUAUUAGUUAAGAAUAAAAAUGUAAAUUGGACCGAAUUAUCGAAAAACUUAAGAAAUUGAUUGGCAUUAAGAAUAGUUUAGGAUCAAACAAAUAAGGCAAACGCAUGCGACCGACUUCAGGAUGCUCUUUAUUUUAUUGAAAAUCGUUCAACGAGUGAGUCGAGUAACAAAGGACAUAAGAAAAAAAAAUCUUUGUAAAGAAUACGCUUGAUAAGAACACACACACAUGUAUUUAAAAACGA